CCACCAUCCCGCUCCAAUUGAUUUCCAAAGCAUACAAUUUCAUACCUAAAGCAUACCCUCUAUUACAAUGGCUACUCCGAAGUUCCUUCAGCUCAAGUGCGGCACAAACAACUACGAAUGGGGCUCAACCGAUCCCAACUCCCGCGUCGUGCGCUACGCUGCCGCAACCCCCGGCUUCGAGAAAAAGGACGAACCCUACUCCGAAAUGUGGAUGGGAACCCACGCAACCCUUCCCUCCCACGAUCUCGCCUCCGGCCGUCCCCUCGCCGACCUCCUCGCCGAGAACCCAGAGUUGAUGGGCGCGAAAGUCCAACAGGCGUAUGAGAGCAAGUUGCCAUUCUUGUUCAAAAUCAUGAGUAUUGGCAAGAUCUUGCCGUUCCAGGCACACCCGGAUAAGGAGUGGGGACAGAAAUUGCAUAUCAAAGAUCCGAAGCAGUUUGUUGAUCCGAACCAUAAGCCUGAGAUCGCGAUCGCACUCUCCCACUUCGCUGGUUUUAGUGGAUUCCGUCCUCUUAAACAGAUCAUCUCCGUCUUAAAGGCUGCACCAAUCUUCGCAGAAUUCCCAGGCGCAGAGGCGACGCAGACGUUCAUUUCAACCGUCUCCGGUAACGAGGAGUCCGAGGACAAGAAAAUUGUACAAGCAAACAAAGCUGCUCUCCGCCAAUUUCUACACGCAAUUCUCACGCAAUCCACUUCCCGUAUCGAGGAAUAUACGAAGAAGCUCUUGGACUACAUCGCCUCCCCAACCUCCAGCUUCGGUCCCCACGGUGCUGACCUCCCUGGUCUCCUCAGACUUAUUCACACUCAGUACGGCGCUGACCCGGGUUUGUUCUCCGCACCGCUGUUGAACUGUAUCUUCCUGAAACCGGGGGAGUAUAUCUACAUCGGGGCUGAUGAGCCACAUGCGUAUAUUACGGGGGAGAUUGUGGAGUGUAUGGCCUCCUCGGACAACGUCGUCAACGCCGGCUUCUGCCCACCUUCUGACCGCAACCCAGAUCUCCUCAUGGAUAUCCUGACAUUCGAAUACCUCCCCAAGGCGGCCUUCAAGCUCGACCCGAAGGCGAAGUACGGGCACUCUUUGCUCUACGACCCCCCCAUUGACGAGUUCGCAAUCCUCGCUACCUCUCUCGCGCCCGGUCAGACUGAGAACGUCGACCCCAUCGCUGGACCCUCGAUUAUGGUCUUCACGAAGGGGAAGGGAAGGAUGAGUGUGGGUGGACAGAGCAAGGACGUGAAGGAGGGUGAGGUGUAUUUUGUUACGUAUGGGGAGGAGGUGGUGUUGGAGGCUCAGGACGGGGAUUAUGAGGCUGGGUUGGAGGCGUACAGGUGUUAUACUGAUUUGAAUUAG